AGGACUAUUGCCAGCAUGCCGCCGAAGCCCACCGACGAGGAAAUCGAGCAGGCCCGCCAGGACUGGGAGCCAGAGUACCCCUCCGGAGACGAGAAGCGAUUCCAAGGAAGCCAGGCCGAGCAAGCACAGAACCAAAGNAACCGAGCAGCGUCAGACCGGUCUUCAAACCGAGCGUUCCAGAUCCUCCUCCCGCCGCGCCCGAAGAAANNGCGAGUAAAGAACGACCAGCGCGACGGCAAAUACAUGCACACAAACUCUCUCGAAGCCCUCGAGGAAGCAGACGCCAACGGCGAACUCCACGAGAUGCAGCCCUUUGAGCGCAUCGGGCCCGACUCGACAUCCAUGGACGGCCCCGUGACAAAGGCUCGCGCAGACAGAGGAGAAAUCCCCUGCAUGAUCGACGACCCCCUUCUCCAGCCAAAGGUCACCACUACGCGUCUUUUGGCAUGA